AGGAGCUGCUGCCGCUCAAAGGAGACGACCGUCCAGAGCGCCCGCCCCUCCCAGGGCCAGACUUCACCGUCCUUCUCCAGAACCUUCUCCCCGGGGGCGGGAAGGGACCCCGCCGCCCCGGACGCGCUCAGGCGGCACUCACACCCCCGCCUCUGCCGGCAGCUGCCACCUGGACACCCGCCCCGCCUCACCUCGAGCACCCCGGUGGCUGCCAGGCCUCCUGCCGCCUCUAAGAUGUGUCCCGGCAACUGGCUCUGGGCUUCGGUGACAUUCAUGGCCCGCUUCUCCCGGAGCGGCUCGAGGUCUCCCGUCCGGGUGAGAGGCGCCCUGGAGGAGCCGCCCGCCGUCCAGCACCCCUUCCUCAACGUCUUCGAGUUGGAGAGGCUGCUCUACACGGGCAAGACCGCCUGUAACCACGCCGACGAGGUCUGGCCAGGCCUCUACCUCGGAGACCAGGAAAUAGCCAACAACCACCGUGAGCUGCGUCGCCUGGGCAUCACGCACGUCCUCAACGCCUCUCACAGCCGGUGGCGAGGGACGCCCGAAGCCUACGAGGGGCUGGGCAUCCGCUACCUGGGUGUCGAGGCCCACGACUCGCCGGCCUUCGACAUGAGCGUCCACUUCCAGGCGGCCGCCGACUUCAUCCACCGGGCGCUGAGCCAGCCAGGAGGGAGGAUCCUGGUGCACUGCGCCGUGGGCGUGAGCCGCUCGGCCACCCUGGUGCUGGCUUACCUCAUGCUGUACCACCGCCUCACCCUCGUGGAGGCCAUCAAGAAAGUCAAGGACCACCGAGGCAUCAUCCCCAACCGGGGCUUCUUGAGGCAGCUCCUGGCCUUGGACCGCAGGCUGCGGCAGGGGCUGGAGGCAUGAGGGGUGGGAUAGGGAGGUCAGGCCAGGCCUGUGGGUCCCUGGAUCCCAGCUGGACAGCGGAGGCCCAGGGGGCAGGUGGGGGGGAGAUGGAGUGAACCCUUACUCUCCUUAGAGGGCUGGGACAUGGCCCCAGGCCACAGCUGCUGUCUGUUGCGAGGGGAUGGGGAGGGGUGAGCUGGGCAGGGUGACAGUCACCUAGGAGGGAGCUGGCCUGGGAGGGAGGCAGCUGGGGUCCUGGAUUCCAGGCAGGGUGGUCCCGGAGAUUCAAGGCCCCUUCUCUUCUUUGUGCUCAAGUGUUCCCCUCCCUCUCUGGUAAGGACCCGCUCUGCCCUGUGCCCCUGCGGGGAGAGUCGGGGAGGCGGCAGGCACGGCUGUGAUGAUGUCGAGUUGUGUGGGGCCAGGAGCAGAGAGACAGACGGUGAUGAGAUGGUGCGAAAAGCUAAGAGAAAAGCCUGCAGACUUGUUACUCCAAACACGGCAGGAAGAGGUGUGGGAGGCUUGGCGCCGAGCCCGCGGGUGCUGGUCGUGGCCCAAAAAUGGCAGAGGUGCAUGACUUCGAGUCUAUCGCUGAUCGCUCGCUUACUGGAUCCAAGCGUCUCCAGGAAAAAUAAAAAUGGUGAAAACGA